UCAUCAUCCGCCAACCUGAAACUCCGACGACGUCUUCCAUUUUUCUCCCCAUUUCUCCGUUUCAAAAAUGUCGGCCGGAUUCGGAAAAUGCAGCAAAAUCCGGCACAUUGUCCGGCUCCGCCAAAUGCUCCGAAGGUGGCGCAACAAGGCCCGUAUGUCCGCCAACCGCAUCCCCUCCGACGUCCCCGCCGGCCACGUAGCCGUCUGCGUCGGAACCAGCUGCCGGCGGUUCGUCGUCCGGGCGACCUACUUGAACCACCCGGUUUUCAAGAAACUUCUGGUCCAAGCCGAGGAGGAGUACGGGUUCACCAAUCAAGGCCCCUUGGCCAUCCCCUGCGACGAGUCGGUCUUCGAAGAAGUGAUCCGGUUCAUCUCCAGAUCCGAGUCGACCAACUCGGGCCGGUUCGGGAAUCUGGACGAUUUCCAGAGAUACUGCCACAUCGGAAUCAGAACCGGUCUGGAUUUAUGGCCGGAAUCCCGACCUCUGCUUCAUGGGUUGGCCGAGAAAUCCAUCUGGUAAUUUGGUGCGCUGUUUUUUUCUUCUCCUUUUUCGAAUCCGCCGGAAUUGGCAGCAAUCUUGCAGAAAGUGGAGGGGCGAGUCAAAGAUCCAGAUUUGACUCGGUUGAGUUACCCGAGACGGGUCUUGUAAUUUAAUUAAUCUGGGUUUUUUUUUGCCCCCACUUGUCACUUGCCACAUAUAUAAAAAAAGGGCAAGAACUGGGUUUGGGGUUUUUUCUUUUAAGAUUGGUAAAAAAAAAGUGUAAUGUGAUUAAUUGGGGAGUGAGUGUUAGCUCCGGAGAAUGCUUAUGGAGAUGGCAGAACUGGUGGAGGGACACCAUUGUUCCACCGCGUCGUCCCGAGCUCGAAUCGGAGUCGGAGUCGGAGUCGGGGCAAAACAGAGGAGAGGAAGAAAGAAGAAAGAAGAAGAUAGAAAAAAGAAAACAAACACAACAAAUGGUUGCUUUGCUAAUUCGGCCAAAGGGCUUCUUGUAUAAAUUAAGUGAUUGCUUUCAAAUUAUUGAAUGGGAGACCAAAUUCCAAAUUUGCAAUUA